AUGGCCGAUACCGUGGAGAAAGCUCCGGAGACCGAUACAGGCAAUAACGACGCUGAACGCACCAAGAGAAGACCGCCCAAGCUGAGAAGGCGCGCGGACCCCGCUACUGAACCCACCGCAGAAAGCAAUGAAACAAACAAAGAGCCUACCUAUUCCGAGGAAUCCCGUGCUCCUGACGGCGAUAUUUCACCCACUGGCAGCGAAUCCGGUGAGGCAGAGAGCUAUCAUAGUCAGCCCGAGCCUCCAGCAUCUGAAGCAGAAGAGGAAGUUGGCCCUCCGAGGACCGAACAGCCUGCCGCGAGGCCGACGUCCGUAAUGGAUCGACCGAAGACUGCCCCUGUUGGAAACUGGCAAAGGCGGACACGCGGUAGGAGAGGGAACCAGAAUCAGGACCUUGUCCCGUUAGGCGGCGUUGGCGAGGUUGGGAAGACCGUGAAUGGGGCAGUCGAUGCGGCCCAGGACGUGGGUUCGAAAGCAGUUCGUUCCGUUGGGAGUACGCUCGGCAAAGUUACGUCGGAUGCGGUGGCAUCCCAGGGAGGUGAGGAGAAGGGCAAGGAGGAGCAACUGAGGUUACGGUUGGAUUUGAACCUGGAUAUUGAAGUUCAGCUCAAGGCCAAGAUCCACGGUGACCUCACCCUACAGUUGCUAAAUUAG